GGUGAAAGGUCAAGCGCGUGUGUUUGGAUCAUGAAGCGGGUUGAGAAACAUUAGCUUUUGUCAACUUCGGUCGUUGCUUUCAAAAUCAUACUGGGAUAAAUCGAGUUAUCAUAUAUCGUAUGCAUAGUAAACACAGCGAGAUUCGUUAUCUAACGGGCUUUAGUCGUUUAUUUUGAACUGUUGUUGUUUCACUUUGAUAAAAUAGACGGCUAAGCUAACGCAGUUUUCGCGGGAGUGUAGUGUGUUAGCUUCGUUGCACUGUGCGCGAGUGUUUAAACAGACCAAAACCUGUGUAUAUAAAGUGAAUUAUAUAAGAAAUUACACACCAUCUAAUUUAAGUGUUUAGUCAGUGUAAUGGCCGAAAGACCAGAGGACCUCAAUCUUCCCAAUGCUGUUAUAACGCGGAUCAUCAAGGAGGCGUUGCCAGAUGGAGUAAAUGUGUCUAAAGAAGCAAGACGAGCUAUUUCUCAGGCAGCGAGUGUUUUCGUUCUCUAUGCAACAUCUUGUGCAAACAAUUUUGCUAUGAAAGCAAAGAGAAAGACCCUCAACGCUGGAGAUGUGAUGGCAGCAAUGGAAGAAAUGGAGUUUGAGCGUUUCUUACAACCCUUACGUGAAGCACUUGAGGCCUACAAGAAAGGCCAAAAAGGCAAAAAGGAAGCAUCGGAGCAGAAACGUAAGGACAAGAAGAAAAAUGGGACAGAAGAGAAUGACAAAAGUAGAGAUGAAGAGGAAGACGAGCACAUGGAUGAGGAACAGGAUGGAGAAAAUGAAGGGGACGAAGAGGAUGUGGAGAAUUGAGACAGAUUAAUUUUCCAUCAAUAGAAAAUAACAGAAAUGUCCACUUUAAUAGAGGGAAAGUGUAAGCACUUGGCUGGUUAUGAAGUCUGUGGUACCCAAUACAAAAGUUUCACUUUAAUGUUGUUAAAAUGUGGCCACAUUUCUAUAGAUGGAUUUAAGGUGGUGCUGUACGUUAACAAGAUCUGUAUAUAAGUUAAUUAACUGCAGUAUCCAUAAGUUUUCAAUAAAAGUUACAGCAUUCUCUUUGGAGGUGGAUAGACAAAGUUGUGAGAUCGUGAUUUGUGAUGAAGGCUAAAAAGGAUUCUUGAAUUGUUCUGUCAAAAAGUACACCCAGAGUAUUGCGGUUGAAUAAAUCAAGUCAGAUGCUUGUGCUUACACUGUUAUAUUUAUACCAGUUUUUGUACCAUGAAAUAUUUUUGGAAGCUUUUAAUAAAGCUCAGUUUUUCAUUA